AGGAGGAGUAAAGAUGGCGCUGUGUUUCAGCACCGGACAGCUCCUCACCCCCUACUGCCGCUAAACCCUCACCCUAAACCAAACCCCCACCCUACCAACCAGCCAGCCCCGCAUCCUACAUCCUACAGCCUGCGAGCCGCACACACUGCGCUGUGAGGAGUGUGUGUGUGUGUGUGUGUGUGGAGCUGGGAGGAGGAGUUGUGGAUGGGCUUCGUUUGGUGCAGCGAGUGAAGGAAGAAUCAGCCGGGGGAAAAGAUCAGCCAGCAGGGAUAAAUGGAGGGAUCCGGGCAGGAAAACGGCAACGGCUGGAGCUGCCAAAAGCUAACGUGACGGAUUGAUGGUGGGAUUAUCCGUCCACAUCUGCUGCUUCUUCUUCUUCUUCUUCUUCUUCUGCCGUUUUGCGAAUCCCUCUAUAAACAGCAUAAGCAUGAGAGAAUAGCGCGAAAGCUUCCUUCCUGAAGACCCUGAUUCUCUUUAAAUGCAAAGCCCACCUGGAUCUUCAGGCUCGAGAGGAUGCCCUCUACUCCAGCAGUCCUGCUCCUCCUGAUCUUCAUCAUCAUGUCUGCGUCGUAUUUCAACCCUAGCUUUGCGCUGAGCUCGCAUUUUGAUUCAGAUGGCGCUCCUCUAAGUGAGCUGUCCUGGUCGUCCUCUCUGGCAGUGGUGGCCGUGUCUUUCUCCGGCCUCUUCACCUUCAUCUUCCUCAUGUUGGCCUGUCUGUGCUGCAAGAAAGGCGAGAUUGGCUUUAAGGAGUUUGAGAAUGCAGAGGGUGACGAAUAUCAGGCGGAUAUGUCCACUCUGGCCUCCCCGGCCUCCGCUAAUGGUCCUGAGGUCUACGUCCUGCCUCUCAGCGAAGUCUCGCUGCCUGUUGCCAAGCAACCCAGCCACUCAGUCCAGCUCGUGAAGGCAUCAGAUGCGACUCGUCAGAGUCUGCUGUACAUUAAGGAGAUCGGGCAUGGCUGGUUCGGGAAGGUGUUGUUGGGGGAGGUGAACUCUGGCCUCAGCACGACUCAGGUGGUGGUGAAGGAGCUGAAGACGAGCGCCAGCCUACAGGACCAGAUGCACUUCCUGGAGGAAGCUCGGCCUUACAGGUCUCUGCAGCACCCGGCUCUAGUUCAGUGUUUGGCUCAGUGCACAGAGGUCACUCCCUACCUGCUGGUUAUGGAGCUCUGUCCUCUGGGUGAUGUGAAAGGUUAUCUGCGCAGCUGCAGGGCUGCAGACUCCGUGACCCCUGACCCUCUGCUCCUCCAGCGAAUGGCCUGCCAGAUCGCCUCGGGUCUUCUGCAUCUCCACAAACACGAGUACACGCACAGUGAUCUGGCUUUGAGAAACUGCCUGCUGACAUCAGACGUGACCGUCAAAAUAGGAGACUACGGGCUUUCACACAGCAAGUAUAAGGACGACUACUUUGUGACAUUGGAUGAGUCCUGGGUGCCGUUACGCUGGAUUGCUCCUGAACUGGUGGAUGAAGUUCAUGGCAACCUACUGGUGGUGGAUCAGACCAAACAAAGCAACAUUUGGUCUCUUGGAGUGACCAUCUGGGAGUUGUUUGAGUUGGGGAAUCAGCCAUAUAGACACUACUCAGACAGGCAAGUCCUCAGCUAUGCUGUGAAGGAACAACAACUGAAACUGCCGAAGCCAUUGCUUCAGUUCCCUCUUGCUGAUCGCUGGUACGAAGUCAUGCAGUUCUGCUGGCUGCAGCCAGACCAGAGGCCGACUGCAGAGGAGGUUCACCUCUUGCUCAGUUACCUGUGUGCCAAAGGUGCCAGUGAGGCAGAAGAAGACUUCGAGAGGCGCUGGAACUCCAUGAGACCCAACAUGAAUCACGGCAGCCUGCAUGGGGCUGGACCCCUUGCUCUAGAGAUGCCCCAAUCCUCCAAAACCUCCUCUUCUUUCCCCUUACUGGAGCAGUUCUCUGCCGGCGACGGCUACCAGUCAGAGUCGGGAGAUGACAUCCUUACAGUUACAGAGACCAGCCAUGGUCUGAACUUUGAGUACAAAUGGGAGCAAGCGAGAGCGAAGCAGCCCUAUCACUCCUCAUCCACCACAGGAACGUUGGGACAAGGUAAUCCGCAUUGCCAGGAGAUCUACUACCCCCCCGGGGUGAUGGUGGGGGGAUGUGGGAUUGAAGGACUCACCUUAGGGGUCUCUCCACAGUACUUUGAACCUAAACAGUUGCAUACCCCAGGUGUGGUACCAGUCCUCAGUGCUCAUAGUCCGUCAGUUACCAGCGAGUACUACAUUCGUAUCGAAGAGCCAGUAGAGUGCAAUAUUAACUUGGAUUAUACCAUGUGUGCUUACAGCCCUGAAUUCGGGGGCAGCAGUGGCAGCUUUCUCACUGGAAGUGGAGACUCAGGGGAAUGCAUGAACUGCCCCUCUGAGUCAAUUGGCAAGCCAAUCGAGUCGUACUGGUCAGCGGCGGACAUCCACAAAAACAGUGCCUAUGAUUCUGACAGCAGUCCUGCCAUGUCUCUAACCAUGGAGCCACUUCUAGGUCAGGUUUCUGAAGCAAGUCCACUCAGGCCUUGGGAAUCAGGUCACUAUGUUUCUUACAAAGACAGAGAUGGAGGCUAUUAUUAUGAACACUCUCCACAACUGGGGAUGGAGCGUUACCUGAUUGGAGAUCUCUCAGAACCUUCACGUGAGAGCUGGGGAUCUCGAAGUCUAAGACAAGCUCUUGGAGAACUUGAGGAGCCACUGGGCAUUCCCCCCUCUCUUGGCAGUCCUCCACAAGGGUAUGGUGACCAUUAUCUCGAGAGCAGCCAAGGAUCAGUAAUAGGGAAAAAUGUAACCGGAGGAUACUAUGAUAUGAUGGGUUCUUUGAGGAAGACCAUGCCAGGGAAUCACUCAGUAUGCAUUGACAUGGAAUCAGGUGGAGCUGUGUUUGUUGGAAGAGAUGAUACUGAAUCAGAAGAGGAGGAGGACCUGUUUAUUGAAAGACAAGCGAUGGCCUGGUCCAGCAACCACUCGGCGAAAAACACUAUGAGCUUGGGUCGAAGGCAAAGCUCAUCAAGGCAAGAAGUUUAUGCAGACUUUCACUACACCAUGCCCAUGACUGACGUUGAGGACGCAUGGCCAGAGCAGCACAGUCUCCCAUACUGCUCUAACAAGCCAAUUAAUUACCUUGAAGCAACCGUUAAAAGCAACACAUGCCCUGUGCACGGCAGACAUUCAUCAGUAUCCUCAUCGGACUGCAGUUCCUACAUCCAUCUGUGUCAUGAACCACCCAGAGAAGCAGAAGUCUACCCUGUACCUUGUUGUCAGGCUUUGAGCAAUUCACACUUUGUGGACCCUCUCACUGGGUCAUUGGUAAGAAACAGCUUCAUGAAGGAUGCUGUUUCUGAAAAAGCUCCAGGCUUACCCAGCAGGAACCAGCAGAUAAACCCAUCUGCUUUGCCUAUUGGGCGGGUAACUAUCACCAUACCAGACUCAACGAACAACAGGGUAAAACAGAACCUUCAGACAGAACUUUCAGAGUACAUAGACACUGCGGUCAGGGAAGAAGAAAGCAGUUCUUUACAAGAAAAGUCUCAAACAGACCCCAAAAUAGAGGUUAUUUUAGCCACCUCUCUACAACUAGAGACAUCUCCACCAGAGCUCAUCUCCACAGAGCCUGAUUCAGAAGCAAGCAGGACAGCAGACAGUGGCGUAGACCGUGGACACUCCAGUAUUAGCCUGGUGGAGAUUGAUGACUGCAGUGACGAUGACAUCACUGACGUUACCUCAGGGAUUUUUGGCGACUUCACAGGAGAUUAUUCCGAGGCAGCUGAGUACUCCACCCCAACGUUCAAGUCCCUGCAGAAGCAAGUGAACACUCCUGACUCCAUGGACUCCAUCGAUAUACCAUCCACUGCAGGCUCCAGUGAAACUCUCAGCCCAACCUCCCUCCAUCCUUCAAAUUCUCCCAGAGCUAUGGACAGCGGCUAUGACACUGAGAACAAUGAGUCUCCUGAGUUUGUUUUAAAGGAACCCCAUGAACCGCAAGAGGCGAACGCCUUUAUCAAGCCAGUGGAUAUUCCAAUCCCUGAAGCAUGCAGUCUCAAGGAUGAAAAGGAACAAGAUGUUGAAGGAGUUGUUGAUCCUCAGCAGGAAGUUGAGGAGGAAGAGGAGAAAGAGGAGGAGGAGGAAGAGGCAGUUGCCUUGACAGGCUCUCAGAGCACUGAUGAAGGGUUGACGGCACUGAGCGAGAAAACCCCAUACAGAGAUUCAGCCUACUUUUCUGACUGUGAUGCGGGGAAAGGGAAAGAGAGCGAAGAAGACAGUGAAAAAGACACUGACGAUCUUGAGAGGCAGGAGGAGGAAUCGGUGCAAAUGGUAGAACAAGUGGAACUAUUACCAAAACAGAUGCUUGAGGAAGACCUUGAAAAGGUGUCUGUUGCAGAGGCAGAAGAAAAGAAAAAUGAAAGUGAAAUCAUCCGCAACAAUGAUACAGAGGAAAGCGAGCUCUUGCAAACAGAUAAAAGCAUUUUCCUUAACACCAUUGACACAAGUUCCAUCAAUUGCACCAACAAUUGUACCACCUUUACUGAAACAUCUGAAUCAAGUCCUUGCCUCACAUUAGAUGUAAGUAUCAAGGAUAAAGAUGAAGAGGUGUUGCUAUGUCACAGUGAGUCAUCAGAUUUCACAACCUUGCCAUGUUCUGAUUCAAAGCAAGAAAACCAAGCAAAUGAAACCAAUAAAUCAGACCUCGGACUUUCUGUUGAACCAUCAACUACUGAAGGUCUCAUUGAGGAUGAUAAAGUAGAGAUCACUUUUGACAUCAGUGCAGAUGACCUUCAGAAUGAAACAGAUGCUACUGAAGAAGAAAAAGAAGAAGAAGAAAUUGAAGUAAAAGAAGUAGAAGACGUAGUAGUAGAGGAAGAAGAUAAAGAAGAGAUGUCUACCACAUCUCUAGAAGAACAAACACCCCUGGAUGACAGUAUGCUUGUACCAGAUCAAGAGAUAACAAAUGUUCCAGCAGGCAAGUCCUUUUCAGACGAGUUGGUAUCUCUCAAAAGAAAGGACGGAUCUCAGGAUGGAUGCCACAAAAGUUUCAUCCGCCCUUCCUCUCCUCCUCCUCCUUCCCCUCUCCCACCACUCGAGGGCCGAGUGUCCCCAGCUGAUGGAGAAGAGGCUGAUGAGGAGGACGGGGAUUCAGAGGACAGUGAUGAAUCUGAUGAGGAGUUGAGAACCUACAGCAUCCAGGAGCAGAGCGAGGAGAGCGAGGACGAGGUCCUGCCGGUACCCAUCAUCGUGAGCGACUGCAGUGAUGCUCAUAAACUUCGAAGCCUCCUGAAGAUGCCCAACCUUUUCAACGAUUGCGAUGAUCUGGAGUCGAAGAAGAAGGUGGUGUCCUUCUUUGAUGAUGUCACAGUCUACUUGUUUGACCAGGAAAGUCCAACAAGAGAACUAGCAGAACAUGGCUUCCCUUUGGGAGGUGAUUCCAGCUCGCAGCGUUCGAAGGGCACUGGAAAAAAACAGCAGGAAAAAGUCAAUGCCUCUGAUGACUCUUCAGAUGGAAACAUUUCAGAAGAGAGUGCCGGGUUCGAGUGGGAGGAUGAUUUCCCGCUGCUGCCGCUCCCCACGUCCUCUAAAGGAUCUCCUCCAGACAUCAAACCUAAACCCAGUCUGUCCUCCAGCUCCACUAACAGCAAACCGGCCGCCCAGUUCUCCCGCUUCACCGUCUCUCCCUCCCCCGUCUCUCGCUUCUCCAUCACCCAUGUUUCUGACUCAGACAUGGAUUCUGCAGGAGGGAGCAGUGAGGACGGGGAGCGAGAGUGAGAUCUGCAGCAACACUGCCACCUGUAGAGCUCAAUCUGCACCGACAGAUUACAGCUUCUCUCUCCAGACCUUCAGGUCUUUACAGUGAAAUCUCACUCUGUUACUGUUUCUGAGAACCUUUUGGAUCCCAUCAAAGACAGUGCCUAUUAUUAUUAUUAGCAAAUACUUAAUACUUAAAUAACGGCCAUUAAGAAAAAGGGCCCUAAAGAAAAGAAUGAACUGAUAAAUAAAUACAUUAACAUAAAAUAAAAUAAAUACAUAAAAUAAAAAGUGGCCAUACGCAUCUUAAGAAGAAUAAAUUAUAAAUAGUUUAAAUCUGAAUAAUCUCAUAUUUGUUGAAAUCUUAUUGCUUUGGAGGGACUGUGUGAUCUACUGUGAGGACUCGGGAUUCUCCUGAAUGAAACUUUUUGCGAAGAACAUCAGGUAUUUUCAUGAAGGAUGGAUACGACCCUAAAGUCCAAACUACAAUCAACCUUUUUUUUCAGAGAAAACAAUUAAACAAAGAGCAAAAACUGUAAAAACAGUAAAAACUGUGAAAACAGUGAAAACAGUGCAUCCAUUCGGAAACUUCUUCAUUUUUUUCCAGGACUUCAUUGGAACAGCGCUGACUCUGACUGUGAAAUCAUCAGUAUUAUCACGAUGUUAAAAAAAUGAAAUAUUACAGCUCAGAGUUGGGAAGUGACUAAUGGUUUAGCUUGAAUUCACUUGAGAAUCUAUUUGUUUAAGGGAAAAAGGAACACACAACUGCCUUGAGUCAGCCAUCUACCUGAAAGUAGCAGAUUAUACAGGGUGAUGCAACAUCAUGAAACUCUGACCAGAUCACUUUAUGUUCUUGAUUAUGAUAAGAAAUUCACUGCAUUGAAUGAAAUUCAUAUCGUUCACUCCAUCGGAACGUAUUUACUUAUUUAUUAUAAAUGUUAAAAGAUGAAAUGUUUGAGUGGUUGCUAAAUACAUUUCAGUAUUUAUUCAUUUUAUUUUAAAUCACUGUCAAUAUCAGACAAAACGCCAGGAAAAUUGUACUGUUGUAUAAAGAAAGAGUGCUUAAAGUUAAACCCAUAACCAUUUAUAACCACUUCAUAAAGCAGCACUGUAUUUUUCGCACUAUAAGGCGCACUGGAUUAUAAGGCUCACUAUCGAUGAACAUCUAUGUUCAGUCAGGUAUUAAGGAGCAGUAAAGCCAUUUUGCUGAAGUACAGCAUUAUAAGUCACAGUAACGAGUUUUCAGUGAAGUUUCUCCACCACUAAGGCUUGGUGCAGCAGCAUUAGCUAACCGCAGCACUAGCUCUUUUGAACAGUGCAGUUAGCAGCACCGCUAACCCCGAUUAGCAACAGUGCUAGCUGCGGUUAGCAGCACUUAGCGCUAGUAAAUGCCACCUGACAUCGCUUCACUGAGGAACCCUGAGUGUUGCAGUAACCCAGGGCGGUUAGCGGCUAAUGCUGAUGCUGCUGCACCCAGCCUUAGUGUUGGAGACAAACUUCCCCCCUAUAAUGCUUUAUUAUAAGGUUUAUACAUAAGGUGCACUGUUGAUUUUUUGGGAAAAAUUAAGAAAUUUAAGUGCUCCUUAUAGGAGAAUGCGAGAAAUACGCUAUGUAAAAGUUUGGGCAAACCCCUCUAUAAUUCCAUAUUCCAUAGACUUACUGAAUUCUGAUUGUGGCCAAAAACCUCACUCUUUUUAGUUUACAAAUCUCAUUUUCCUUAUCUGGAAGUUAUGUUAGAACGUUUUGUAAGUGUUUUGUGACAAGAUCACACACAGGUAAUGUUCACACACAUUGAGUUUGUGAGAAUGUUUGUGUAAGCUAUGUUUUCGUAGAAGGGAUUUGCCUGUCUUACCAGCAUAUUGUGAGUUGACCUCCACAGUUCCUCUGAACUGUUAAAUUAAAUGUGUGUAAAAUAAGGUUAACAAGAAGUUAAACAGUGGUGUUUCAAGAGAAAAUUGGUUCGGUAGUUACAGUAAGUUUACAAUUUGUCAGCAAAUAAAUAUACUGAUUAAAAAAAUGAUAAUCUUGGCUAAGGGUGCCCAAACUUUCCAUGUACUGCAUUCAGUUCAGUGUCAUUUAAAAUGUUUAAGAGAUGUUUUUAUUUUAUUUUGAGCCUUGAUUUCAAUUUGCGAAAUUCAUAUCAAUCUCAUAGCUGCUUGAAAAUAUCAAAAUAUCAGGCAUAUAUUUGCUUUCCAUGUGAUCAUCAUGUAUACCAACGAUGCUGAACAUGUCAACUACCUUCUGAUGAUCAGAACUGUUCAUAAGUGUUGUCUUAAUGCAUCAUUAAUUUAAUACAUUACGCCUUUCUUACCAUUUUCAAGAAAUUCUCAGAGAAAAGGAAUGAAAGGAAAGAAAGGAAACCAGUGGUAUUGAUUGAUUGAUUGUUAAUCAUUGGAAAUUUGGAUUUUGAAUAUUAUUUAUUAGAAAACGAAAGAAACUACUGAAUACUGCACUGAUUGUUUACUUGUUUUUGUUUUUUCUUUUAUUACGGCAUUACUGUCCAAUAUGAACUUCAUUUUCUGAUGAGCUUUGUUGAGGAACGUUCCUCUCUCAGAAGGAAACCGCUCGGCGCUUUGACUACAGACUCUGUACAGGAAUUUUACGUGAUCCGCACAUUUACGUGCUCUGGACUUAUUAUUAGUUAUGCGACGGAGCAUUAACCUGGAGGUGGAACAAAAAGUCUUUAUGCUUCACUCGAUAUGUUUAAUGUUUGUUUGCCUCUCAUGGCAUUCUCUUCGUAUUAGGUUAGCCUAGAUUCAGCUAGAUACAGCAGUCUGUACUAUUUUUGUAUUUUACAAACGAUUUUAAACUACCGAUAAAAAAUCAGUACGAUGGUUUUGCUGGAUAAACUGUAAGAGAUUACCUUCAUCUUUCUGCUGCCAAAGAGAGACGUUCUGGCAAACAUGGGCUUGUGGACGACGAGGUGCCUGAAGGAGAAGCUCGUGUUGUCGACUGUAUAAAGAGGAGAGCUGUGGUAAAUGAUGGAAUAGUGCUACAGUAUAUACAGCUCUGAAAAAAAAUGAAGAGAUCACUUCAGUUUCUGAAUCAGUUUCUCAGAUUUUGCUAUUUAUAGGUUUAUGUUUGAGUAAAAUGAACAUUAUUGUUUUAUUCUAUAAACUACAGACAACAUUUCUCCUAAAUUCCAAAUAGAAAUAUGGUCAUUUAGAGCAUUUAUUUGCAGAAAAUGAGAAAUGUCUGAAAUAACAAAAAAAAGAUGCAGAGCUUUCAGACCUCAAAUAAUGCAAAGAAAACAAGUUCAUAUUCAUAAAGUUUUAAGAGUUCAGAAAUCUUUGAUCAAUAUUAGGUGGAAUAACCCUCUUUUUUCAUGCAUCUUGGCAUCAUGUUCUCCUCCACCAGUCUUACACACUGCUUUUGGAUAACUUUAUGCUGCUUUACUCCUGGUGCAAAUCAUUCAAGCAGUUCAGUUUGGUGGUUUGAUGGCUUGUGAUCAUCCAUCUUCCUCUUGAUUAUGUUCCAGAGGUUUUAAAUUAGGUAAAAUCAAAGAAACUCUUCAUUUUUAGGUGCUCUCUUAUUUUUUUCCACAGCUGUAUAUAUAUAUAUAUAGAGAAAGGCAGGGUGAUGAUAGAAGGAAACGAUGUAUGAAGAUCCUCAUAAAAAUCUGUUCCUCUUGUGUGUCACGAGAUCAGUGACUUUACACAAAGAAAAUAAAAUCAUUGUUUGACGUC